AUGUCUGCACCUGCCACAUCGUCGCCGAACGAUCCAGAGCUGCCUAUUUGGUUGCAUGAUGCACCACCCCCGGUAGCCGACACUAUUGUAUCGUUCCCAGCACCUCACAUAUUGUUGGUGACGCUGAAUCGUCCAAAAGCACUCAAUGCAAUCCCAAGACCUCAACACUUCGCUUUGGAGCGACUCUGGGGUUGGUACGACGACCAGCCUCCGCUGCGGUGCGCCAUCAUCACAGGUGCUGGGCGGGCCUUCAGUGCGGGAGCUGAUCUCAAGGAGUGGCGCGAUAUCAACUCGGCAUGGGGCCCUGCGGCCCAGCAGAGCGGUGGUACGUCGGCAGUCACAUCUCGGAGUGAGGAAACGAGCGAUGGUGGUAAUCAGCCAGGGCAGAACAAGCCCGACGUGCGGCUCCCCCGCGGCGGCUUCGGAGGGAUGGCCAACCGGGGCGGCAAGAAGCCCAUACUUGCUGCCGUCAACGGUCUCUGCUACGGCGGCGGCUUUGAGAUGGUGAUCAACUGCGACAUGGUCAUUGCGGCCAUGUCGGCCAAGUUCAGCCUGCCGGAAGUGACAGUUGGCGUGAUUGCCAUUACUGGCGGGCUUCUCAGGCUGACGAGAAGCGUGGGGCGCCAGAGGGCGAUGGAAAUGGCAUUGGGUGGCAAGUCAUACACAGCGGAGCAGAUGGAAGCCUGGGGCUUGGUCAAUGAGGUGGUACCAGACGGCGGCGACGGGCCGACCGUGCUGGAGAAGGCACUGGAAUGGGCGAGAUGCAUUGCGGGUAACAGCCCAGAUGCCGUCAUCGUCAGUCGUGAAAGCCUGAAACUGAGUUGGGAAGGCGUAGGCCCGGAGGAGGCGACGGAUGUAAUCCUCAACGGUUGGUACAAGCGCGUAGAUUUGGGUAUGAACAUGAUUGAGGGUGUCAACAGUUUCCUAGAGAAGCGAAAGCCGGUUUGGAAGGACACGGAGCUGUGA